AUGGCUCUGUAGCGCUGUCUGGAAAAACAACGACUGCUUCUUUCUCUGCUGCUGUCAGCUAAUCUGUAGCGUUAUCUGGCUGUCGUUACUGUGCUGUUACGCCGGAGUUUGAAAGUGUAAUUAUUAAUGCAGCAGAGGAAAAGGAACGAAGAACAAGCUCGAGUUGUCAGCUAGCAAAGUCUUUGAUCAUGAAGAGCUCCAAAGAGGCCGUGCACUCAGCAGCUAAAGAGUUUCUGCAGUUUGUCAACAAAGGAGUGUCUCCAUAUCACGUGGUUGAAGAAUGCAGGCGGCGUCUGUUGGCGGCGGGCUUCAUCGAGCUGAAGGAGUCGGACCAGUGGGACAUCAAGCCGUCCAGCAAGUACUUUGUGACCAGGAACUUCUCCAGCCUGAUCGCCUUCGCUGUGGGCGGACGCUUCCUGCCAGGAAACGGCUUCUCCAUGAUCGGCGCCCACACAGACAGCCCCUGCCUCAGGGUGAAGCCGAGGUCUAAGAGGACGAAGCAGGGCUGUCUGCAGGUCGGGGUGGAGUGCUACGGCGGUGGCAUCUGGAACACCUGGUUCGACCGUGACCUGACCAUCGCGGGCCGCGUUAUGGUCAAGAAAGACGGCCGGCUGGUUCAGCGGCUGUUCCAUGUGCCGCGGCCUCUGCUCAGGAUCCCUCACCUGGCCAUCCACCUGCAGAGAGACAUCAACGACUCCUUCGGCCCCAACAAGGAGAACCACCUCGUGCCCAUCAUCGCCACCGUCGUCCAGGAGGAGCUGGAGACGGGCUGUGCGUCCUCCGGAGAUGCUGCCUGCGCUGCUAACACGGCGGAGAAGCACCACCCAGCGCUGGUGAAUGUGCUGUGUUCAGAGCUGGCCAUGGAGCCUGAAACCCUGCUGGACUUUGAGCUCUGUCUGGCCGACACUCAGCCCGCCGCGUUGGGAGGUGUGUACGAAGAGUUCAUCUACUCUCCUCGCCUGGACAACCUCCACAGCUGCUACUGCGCCCUGCAGGGGCUGAUGGAGUCCUGCUCAGGAGACUCUCUGGCCAAAGAUCCCAACGUCCGCAUGAUCACUCUGUACGACAACGAAGAGGUGGGAUCAGAGAGCGCUCAGGGUGCUCAGUCCAACCUGACGGAGCUCAUUCUCAGCCGCCUCUCCUCCUCCGCCUCCAACCUCACCGCCUUCCAACAGGCUGCGCCGCUCUCCUUCAUGAUCAGCGCUGACAUGGCGCACGCUGUGCACCCCAACUACCAGGAGAAGCAUGAGGAGAACCAUCGUCCCGCUUUCCACAAGGGCCCAGUGAUCAAGUUCAACAGCAACCAGCGCUACGCCACUACAGCCGUCACCGCCUCCGUGGUGAGAGAGGUCGCCAGCCAGGUCGGCGUGCCUCUGCAGGAUGUGAUGGUCCGUAACGACAGCCCCUGUGGAACCACCAUCGGACCCAUCCUGGCCGCCCGCCUCGGCAUCCCCGUGGUGGACAUCGGAGCUCCGCAGCUCUCCAUGCACUCCAUCAGAGAGAUGUGCUGCACCUCCAGCAUCCUGCAGAGCACCACCCUCUUCAAGGGUUUCUUCGAGCUGUUCCCCACAGUGAGGAGCACGCUGGUUGUUGACUAGAGACGGGAAGAACUCUAACUGAUGGAAACAAAGGGUGUCCUUUUCAACAUGUGAUGCGUUACUUCAACUCGGGCUGACGCAAAGAAUAUUAACAUUAGAAAUUGUGUCAAUCUAGACACAUUUUAAUGUUGAAAAUGACAAAUCCUUUCUUAAAAACUGAUUUCUCAGUUGGAGACGGAUGUUGCACUCUAUACUAAAGCCCAGUAUGCUGUGGUUAUACUUCCGAUAAAGAAAGCAGUACACGAGCACUUCUUGAUCUUUCUUAUUGACUGAAAUUGUUUACAAAAUAAUAAAAUGCUGAAAGGUU